CGUGCACGGCGGCGGCAGUCGAGGCCCCGCAGUCGAGGCGGCCACACGUGUUUUAAAUAAUCUAUCAUAGUCUGAGUUCGGCGCACAUGAGACUUGAUGAGACCACUGAUCCUGAGACAAAUCGUAUAAUUUCACAUUAUAAUCUUCGAGUAUUUCCUGUAGAACUGUGUGACGGAUCAGCCUUGCUACGCGGUUAAAGGUUAGUGCGGUCAUAAUGACUACGGCUAUUACACGACAGGCUAAGGAUGUUGUGUAUAAAGUGUACAAGUAUUUUGAAAGACGCAAAAAUGACCGGUCGACGAUUGAAUAUGCAAACGAUAUUAAUUUGGCGAAGACUGUUUCUGAAGCGACCGGUUUUUCGGUAACCAGCAUUAAAAAAAUCAUAAAAGAAGCGAGAUCCAUGGAGGCACAUGGUAGCGCAGUGACUAUCAAACCACCACAGAAAAAUAUUUUUCCUAAAAAAAGGAUUGAAAUGGACAGUUUCAAGGAAGGUGUCAUACGAAGAAAAAUUACACAGUGGUAUAAAGUCAAAAAGUGUACGCCGUCGUUGAAAAAGUUGAAUGAGCAGUUGAAACAAGACAAUGUUCUUGAUUGUUCACGUGAGUACUUGAGACAGACAAUACGUAGGCUUGGUUUCAAAUAUUUAACAUGCCAGUCAAAGAGAAAACUAUUAAUUGAACGUCACGACAUAAUGCGCCUACGGUGGCAUUACAUCAGAGAUAUUAAAAAUUACCGCAAGGGCGGUAAGUCAAUCAUUUUCUUGGGUGAAACUUACGUGACACAAAAAUGCUGGCAGGCCAAUACGGAACGUGGGGCCAUGGAGAACAUCAGUAAAGAACCUCGUAUAAUAAUCGUACACGCUGGCAGCCGCAAUGGCUUUGUACAUAAUGCUUUACUGAUGUUCAAAUCACACUCGAAGACCGGUGAUUAUCAUGGCGACAUGAAUGCCACAAAUUUUCGAAAGUGGAUUAAUGAAAAACUUUUACCAAACAUUCCUCCAAAUUCUGUUAUUGUUAUGGACAACGCAGCUUACAAUAGCACUCAAAUCAAUAAGAAGCCUACAAUGAGUUCCCUGAAAAGUGAAAUGCAACAGUGGCUAGAAAACCAGGGUGUUCAGCAUCAUAGCGCCAUGCGUAAAUGUGAUCUAAUGAAAAUAAUUGAUGAACAAAACACGGGGAAACACUACAAAAUUGAUGAAAUUUUGAAUGAAAAUGGACAUAUCGUGCUUCGCCUACCCCCAUACCAUCCGGAUUUAAAUCCUAUUGAACUCGUGUGGGGGCACGUAAAAGGCGAGCUCGAAAGAACUACGAUUGACUCUAACUUAGAUGAAAAGAUAAAAGGUUUAGAGUUGCUUUUUUCUAAUUAUUCGCCAGAAAAGUGGAAAAAUUGUGACGAACAUGUCAUAAAAAAUGAAGACGAAUAUUAUAAAUCUGAUAGAGGAUUUGACGAUGCAUUGGACAGAUUUAUAAUUCAAGUUAAUCAAAAAGAUGAUGAAGAUGAUGAUGACGACGACGAUGAUGAACAAGUUGAGAGUGAACAUGAGAGUGAUAUGGAAAUUGAUUUAUAAAAAGGAUGCAGAGGAUCUCCCUCGCAGUGCAGCGCGGUAAUGCUGCCAGCGUGAUGGGAACCUUUGGGUCGGGUGCGUCCUGGGGCGGGCUAUUUGUAUAAUUUUGUAUAAUAUCUAAUUAUGUUUUUCUAUGUCUUUUAAUUAUUAUGAAUAAAUUUAUAAAAUAAAAUACUU